UAUUCAGAAGGUUGGAGUCUGCAGCUGUUCACCGGAGUCGAGAAUAAACAGAGACGUUUACCAGAAAACCUAGUGAAUGUCUGGAAAGGGUGAAUGUGGCGACUGAAAGGUAGGCUCGUAUUUUAUUUUGUCUUGUUUUGUUGUACUGUAUGUUUCCAAAAUAACUCUCGUUGGUUUAUUGCUGAUAAGUGAUUGUGAAAAUGCAAAUCCCCCUGCAGCUGGCAACAGUGUUUAAGUGGAGAGAAAGCAAAAUGAACUCUGAUAAAUACCAUGGAAUACCAAACAAAGGAGCAACAUGUUAUUUGAACAGUGUGCUGCAGGUGCUGUUCUGGACCAAAGACUUCAGAGAGGCUGUGGAACGGUUGGUUACAAAGCACACAAGUGGGAAUCCUGAGUUUACUGAUCUCCUUAGAGCCUUGUUUGAUGACUUACAAAGCAGCGACCAGCGAACAGCUGACACCAGUGAAAUCAUAUCCAAGCUGGGAAUUAACUCAGUGUAUGAGCAGCGUGAUGCUGCUGAGUACUUAGAGAAGAUUUUAAGGCUGACCAGUCCUGAAGUGUCACAGGUAACGACAUCUUCACGUUUAUCUCAGCCAUUUCUGGGAUUGUCUCUCUGACUAUCAGAAGGCUGUAAAAUCUGCCAAAUCAAACUAUCGGUCCAAACAAUGUGGUCGAUAAUCGUUAUAAACCUCAGGUCUUGUUCAGUACAAUUAAUUCUGUUAUCACCCCUUGUAACCUUGCUUCUCAUCCCUAAGCAUCAGUAGCAGUAUUUGAGGGUUUUCUUCAGUAUU